CAAUCAGAGAAGAUGCAACCCCCACUAAUUGAGCCUGGCAUCUAUUCUUCCUCUCCGCGUUGGUCUUUCUCGCCCCUUCUCAACCAGCGGCUCCGCUCCAUCCAUCCAUCCACGCUGCCGCUCCUUCUUCUCCACCUUCCCAACCCCCCCUGCGGCUGCGGCUGCUGCUGCUGCACCUACGUCUGCUGCUGCUUCGUUGCUUCACCUGUCUGCUGAAUAAGGAGUAUAUAAUUUCACGGGCUUUGGAUCUUGGGUGCAUCUAGAUUUCACUGGCUUUGGAUAUCAAGGUGGAUCUAAAACAGGCCUCCAAGAGGCUGAUGUAAUGACCGCAAUGGAAACUAUUUCAGUUACUCCGAACUUGCCUUUCAGUUACUCACUCUUGCAGCUCAGGUGGAUCUAAAUCAGGCCUCCACCGACGGCGCCUCCGCUGCACGUAGCAUGCUUCUGCUCCUGGAGUAAUGGCCGCAAUGGAAGCUUUUUCAGUCACUCCAAGCUUCCCUUUCAGUUAAUCACUCUUCCAGCUCAGGUGCACCGCAAGUAUAAAUAGAGAGCCAAGAUAAAACAAACUUGCCCAGCCACUGAUGGCUGCAAUAAUGGUGAGCGCUUCAACUGGGGUGAUGAACUCUCUCCUGCGUAAGCUGGCCACCUUGAUGGGGGACGAGUUCGCCAAGCUAACGAACUUGAGGAAGGAGGUUAAGCACAUCAUUGAUGAGCUGGGCAGUAUGAAGGGUGCUCUGGAGAGCCUUGCAGAUGUGGAUGAGCUAGAUAUACAGACGACGAGGUGGAGAGACGAGGUCAGGGAGAUGUCUUAUGACAUCGAGGAUAUUAUCGAUGACUUCAUGUGCAAAAUUGGGGAGAAGAAGAAAAAAUCUGGGUUUGUCCACGACACUAUUCAACGCCACAAAACUUCAAGGGCCCGCCAUCAGAUUGCUGGUCAGAUUGAGGACAUAAAAAAACUUGUGCGUGAAACAAGUGAACGGCGUAAAAGAUAUAAGCUCGAUGCCCCCAAAUCACAUAGUGUGGCAAUUGACCAACGAGUUGUCGCACUCUAUGAAAAUGCAGCUAAACUUGUUGGUAUGGAGGGCCCAACCAAAGAGAUUAUCAGUUGCCUAAACGAUGAGGAGAAGGAUAAAAAGCUGAAGGUUGUAUCAAUUGUUGGUUUCGGAGGUUUAGGUAAAACAACACUCGCCAAUGAGGUAUACCAUAAGCUGAAGGGGCGAUUUCACUGUGGUGCAUUUGUGCCGGUGUCUCAGAAGCCAAAUAUUCCAAAACUUCUGCAUAGUUUAUUAACCCAACAUGGGCGUGGCCAAUCAUUUCAUGAUUGUGAGUUAAAUGUUCUUCUCGACCAACUCAGAGAAAAUCUAAAAAAAAGAGGUACUUGGUUGUCAUUGAUGAUCUAUGGGAUGCAUCAGCAUGGAAUAUUAUUAAAUGUGCUUUCCCAGAAAAUGAACUUCAUAGUAGAUUAAUAGUAACUACAAGAAUCAAGAAUGUAGCUGCGGCAUGUUGUUUGGGUCACCACAAGCAUAUUCUGGAAAUGAAACCACUUAGUGAAGAAGACUCAAGGAAAUUGUUUUUUGAUAGGAUAUUUUGCUCUGAAGAAGCUUGUCCAAGUCAACUCAGAGAUGUUUCAGUGGAGAUUCUCAAGAAAUGUGGUGGUCUGCCACUUGCAAUCAUUAGCAUAUCCAGCCUAUUACCAAGUGGAACUUUUAACCAAAAGGAGAGGUGGAAACAUGUACAGAAUUCUUUGGGGUCAUUGUCGGGCACAAAUCUCACCUUAGAAGCAAUGAGAUAGAUCUUGAACCUUAGCUACAAAAAUCUUCCUCACCACCUCAGGACAUGCUUCUUAUAUCUUGGUAUGUUUCUAGAAGACUCUGAAAUAUAUAGGGAUGAGUUGGUAAGGCUAUGGGUCUCUGAAGGUUUUGUUAGUAAAGCACGUGGACAAAGCCCAGAACAAACUGCGAUAAGUUAUUUCAAUGAGCUUGUCAACAGGAGCCUUAUUCAACCUGUACAAAUUGACACGGAUGGGUCGGUGAGAACUUGCAAAGUACAUGAUAUGUUGUUGCAUCUUAUAUUGUACAAGUCCGCAGAAGAGAAUUUUAUCACUGUAGUAGACAGCCCGGAUGCCAUUACAGGACAGCUUCAAAAGCCCCGCCGGGUGCUCUUCAAUUUGGAUGGUGCAACAUUGCCAUGGGAUGGUAGUAUGUCACAAGUGCGAUCAUUUGCAAUGUGGAGAAGCUGCAAGAGUAUACCUUCUUUGGUAGAGUUCAAGUAUCUUCGAGUUUUUAUUGCUGACUUUAGUUCUAUUUCUACUGAUGACAACCAGAAAAUCAACCUGACAGGAUUGUGUAAAUUAUAUCAGCUGCGACAUAUACAGAUUCGUGGCUGUGAUACAUGCCAGCUACCAACGAAGAUUAGAGGGCUACAAAACUUGGAAACAUUUGAUAUAGAUGGGUCAUGUCUCCCAAUGGAUAUUUUUCACCUGCCACGCUUGUUGGAUCUCCAUGUUCCCCGUUGAAAGGCUACCUAUGGGCGUUGGUAAAAUGACAUCUCUACAACAUCUGUGGCAUUUUGACAUGCUGUACAACUCGCUCGACAAUAUCAAGGGCCUAGGAGAGCUUACCAAUCUGAGUACUCUAUCUCUCAGGACCGGUUUUGUGGAAGAUGCGCACAUGGAUGUUCUAAACACUUCUUUGGAAAAACUUUGUAGCCUUGAGUGGCUGCACAUAAUUUCACCUGAUUAUUGGAUACCUGAGGCACUAACCUUGUCACCUCCUCCCCCCAACCUUAUGACACUCCACAUGAUACGAAGGUUCCGGGUCCCUAAUUGGAUUGGGGAACUCCAUAACCUCCAGAUGUUGUGUCUCACUGUUGACAAGCUGGACAAGGAUGAUGUUGUUAUUCUUGCGGAGUUACCUGCCCUCAUUGACCUACGUUUAAUGCUUGAUAGAGCACUGGAAGAAAAUAUUGCCAUAUAUGGGACAGCAUUCGCAAUUCUAAAGCGGUUUGAAGUCACCUGGAAUAUCAUGCCACACCUGACCUUCCAAGCCGGGGCAAUGCCUAAGCUCCAAAGCCUCUCCCUACAGUUCAAUGCCAGGGGGUGGAAGCAGGACGACAACGCUGCACCCACAGGUAUCGAGCACUUGUUAGCACUCGAAAAAAUCUAUGUGGGAAUCGGCUGCCGGAGUGCUACUAAAUGGGAAAAGAGCAGCGCAGAGUCUGACAUUAGGAGAGCUAUCAACAUGCAUCCCUGGCCAUGCUCACGUUACAGUAGAAUGUCAUGAAGAUGGAGUGUUUCAGAUUUUUUGAAUGACUAGGUAAUUGCCCGUGCGUUGCAACGGGAGAACAACAAUCAUGUAUGCAUGAGUGUACAUUUAAGUCAUCCUUUCAAAAUAAAUCAACCAAGCGCUCUUUACCCCCUUA